UCAAUCAAAAACUCUUGUACUAGAGCUAGCUAGUUCAUCAUUUACAACCCUACUGAGGAAAAAUAAUAAGCAGCUAGAGUUUGGCAGGAAUUAGAUAUGGGUCAUGAAGUGGUGGAAAUGAUGAUGCAAAGGAAGGCAGAUCAGGCGGCAGAAACGACGGCCAUCUCGGCGCCUCCAUUUCGACUCCAAUGUUCACCUUCUCCUUCAGUGACACGAUCACCGCUGCAGGGCCUGGGGGAUACGGCAGCCCCCAGAACCCCCAAAAGCCCAUUCGCUUCUCGUUUCAUGACGACUCCUCUAGCCAGCCCUAUGAAAAAAGCAAUUGCAAGCAUGCAAGGCUACUUGGAAGAAGCAGGCCACUUCACCAAGCUUGACCCUCAAGAGGCUUGGCUUCCUAUCACCGAGUCCAGGAAUGGUAAUGCUUACUACGCCGCCUUUCACACUUUGUGUUCGGGAAUCGGAGUUCAAGCCCUGCUUUUACCCCUAGCUCUCACUACCCUUGGUUGGACUUGGGGAAUCAUAUGUCUCUCUGUGGCUUUCAUGUGGCAGUUGUACACUCUGUGGUUACUGAUACAGCUGCAUGAAUCAGAAUCUCGAAUUCGAUACAGCAGAUACCUUCGCCUUACCAUGGCGGCGUUUGGUGAGAAGCUAGGGAAAGUGCUUGGACUUUUUCCAAUAAUGUAUUUAUCAGGAGGAACAUGUGUGACACUCAUUAUGAUCGGAGGAGGAACCAUGAAGAUAUUCUUCCAGCUGGUGUGCGGUGAAACAUGCACAGUAAAGCCAUUAACAACCGUGGAGUGGUACUUGGCGUUUACCUGCUCAGCCAUUCUUCUUGCUCAGCUUCCAAACCUCAAUUCGAUAGCUGGGGUUUCCCUAAUCGGAGCAAUAACUGCUGUAAGCUACUGCACUCUGAUUUGGGUGCUGUCAAUAACAAAAGGCCGACCAACAGGCGUUUCCUACGAGCCACAGCAGGCAAAAUCAGAUGUAGCUACGCUUUUUAAAAUUCUCAAUGCGCUUGGGAUUAUUGCCUUCGCUUUCAGAGGCCAUAAUCUUGUGCUAGAAAUACAGGGAACCAUGCCAUCGAGCACUAAGCGACCAUCCCGUCUACCAAUGUGGAGAGGUGUGAAGUUUGCUUAUGUGAUUAUCGCCUUGUGCUUGUUUCCCCUUGCAAUUGGCGGCUAUUGGGCCUACGGAAAUUUGAUUCCAAAUGGAGGAACGCUAACCGCUCUGUACAAAUAUCAUGGGCAAGAUACGUCAAAUUUAAUUGUAGGGCUAGCAAGCAUGCUGGUGGUGAUUAACAGCCUAAGUUCAUUUCAAAUCUAUGCAAUGCCAGUAUUUGACAAUCUAGAGUUUAGAUAUACAAGCAGCAUGCACAAACCGUGUCCUCGGUGGCUACGCACCGGAUUUAGACUUUUCUUUGGAUGCCUAGCUUUUUUUAUAGCAGUUGCCCUACCAUUCCUGCCAAGCUUGGCAGGUCUUAUUGGAGGGGUGGCGUUACCAAUCACCUUGGCAUACCCAAGUUUCAUGUGGGUACUGAUCAAGAAACCCCCUAAAUAUAGCUUUGUUUGGUUUAUCAAUUGGUUGUUAGGAGCCCUAGGUAUGGUUCUUAGCUUGUUAGUUGUGACUGGGGCAAUUUGGAUUCUGAUUACAGAGGGAAUAGAAGUCCAUCUCUUCAAGCCUCAAUAAAUAAAUCAAUCUCGAAAAGCCUUGGCUACUGAUGUUUAAUCAUGUGGAAAGUCUGAUACCAAUCUACAUCUAUUGAAACCCUAGGCCCUUUGGUCCAAGCACAAUCAUUGAGCACAUGUAUCAAUCAUUCAAGAUGAAUGCAACCUAACACUCUGAUUUUAAGGUCU